AGUGGAUUCAAAGCGGACGGAGGCAUCGGCUGCUCCCACUACAGCUGCCCCUCCAGCUAUCACCAAUUCCUCUAAAACGCCUCAAGUUGUGAAUGGUCAAUCAAUCCGUGACGUCUCGUCUGAAAAGUGUUCGGCAGCUUACAAUGCUGAAGAUAAGGUCAACUGGGUCCCAGAGAAGGUCACCUUUGGCGUUUUAGAGGGAAAUGCAGUCACCGGCGAUCAGCUCUGCAAACAGUUGGGUGUUAUCCAGCAGUUGAACGCUAGAUGCAACAACACAAAAGUUAAAUUGGAUGCGGAUGAUAUUAAGGUCGCCCCCAUUGUUGCAGGCCUGAUCUCAAUGUUUUCGACCAUCUGUUCUGAUACUAAAAUUUUCGAUGUGCCUGCCGGAAACUCAACUCCUUGCGCUGAAUUGAUUCAAUCAAUCACCAAGAAUUGUUCAACUAAUUCUCUUGUUAAAGCCGUUUUCCCAACUGAGGUGCUUCUUGAAGAGAUGGUGAAAGAGGACUGCACGGUGGUAUUGAAAACCAAGGAAUGUAUUAUCAACGGUUUUGGACAGUCGGAUAAGUGUACUAUACCCCAGCGAGUGGCAGUGAAGAAAGCGAUUAAUAUGGUGACGCAGGGUCUGCCAUGCAGUCUUCCUAUUUCUACAGAGAAAACACCAGACCCAUCUACUGGAGCCCCGUCCAUUACUACCACUACUACCCCUACAGUCACUACUACCCCUACAGUCACUACCACCCCUACAGUCACUACCACCAAGUCACAUUCUCAUAGUUCCGCGAAUUGUUUCCAGGUUAAUUUUUUCACCGUUCUUCCAGUCUUAUUACUGGCUUUCAAGUUUUAUUAAGUUCAGAAAUUUUCCACCUGUGAGGAAAUUCUUUUAAGCAAAACUUCGAAUCCUAUCCUUAGUUCUUUUUUUGCGUUUGAGUUUCAUUAACUUUAAUAAUAUCAAAGAACGUUAUUUGGUGAUGUAAAAAAAUGUAUUUUUGUCCGGAUGUAUUCUUAAUUUUUCAUCGUGCAUUUCAAUAGCACCACAUACUGUAUAAGAUUGCACUGUUGCACGCAGAGGAACCUCUAACUUAGCUCCGUUUCAAUCAAAUGUAUAAUAUUUCGAAAAGUGUUAAUUACCGUGUCGUUAAUGUACGGAACCAAAUAAAUCGAAAGGUAAGA